GUCUGAAGCCCCCUUAUACACGAGACAACUGAGGAUGAAGCCCAGUCCUUCCAUGAAAUAAACAAAGCGCAUCGGAAGUCCCCAAAAAGCGCAUAAUUGACAAAGCGUUCUGUUUGCCGACGAGGAAAGUGUGAAAGAGGCGCAGUCGUCAGUCGCCACCACCGGUGAGCGCACAGAGUACUGGUCACACGCGGGACACUUCUACUCCAGAACGACUACAUCCCAACGACCUAGGACGGACUUUAUCCAACGAUUUAUUCAACUAUUUACUUGGCUGCUGAUUUCUCUCUGUUUCGUCCAUCGGGCGUACGGAAACAGGGAAGAAUAAGGUGGGCCAGGAGAAAAGGAAAAAAGACGCAACUAUGGCAAAAGCAAGGCUGACUGACUCCCCUUCCCCGGAGUCUGUAAUGAGAAAUUACAAGAAGUAGACUCUCAUCUUGCCAUUCACCAGAGAGGAUAUCAUAUGUGACAGCUCAAGGGACGUAAACAAAACACGCGUGGUCCUAUUAGUGGAAACUAGAAACUGUCUCCUGAUUAAGUGGCGGCUCAUUUUCUAUAACGCUCCUUUCUCUGAGAGGACUUUCCACUUGGUCCGUCUCAUGAAGUCAGAAAUGCUUCGGUCGAAGAGUACAGUAUUUAUUAUUCUAUGACGUAGGGAACAGUUAUUGCCGUCCGUUUUUAUCGGGACUCGUAGACGUAGAGGUCCGCAUUGGCGACAGAAAGUCCAAAAACUUCAGGGGGACAGAGCAAAGAUGCCGGUCCGAAGGGGUCACGUGGCACCACAGAAUACUUUCCUCGAUACCAUCAUUAGGAAAUUUGAUAGUCAAUGUCGUAAGUUCAUCAUCGCCAAUGCCCGGGUGGAGAACUGUGCCAUCAUAUUCUGCAACGAUGGCUUCUGCGCCAUGUGCGGCUACUCGCGAGCAGAGAUCAUGCAGAAGCCGUGUACCUGUAACUUCCUGUACGGCCCUCAAACCAAGCGGUUGGCCAUUGCCCAGAUGGCCCAAGCACUGCUGGGCUCGGAAGAGAGGAAAGUGGAGAUCAACCUGUACAGGAAGGAUGUCAUCCUGGUUUGUGAGGUCAUAUGGGGAAAACACUCAGGAGGAAUAACCUGGGAACAUGCAGUGCUGCCUGGUCUAUCAGGCUCUGGGCUGGUGGCCAAUGACACACUACUCAAUCACCUCCAGGUAAUAGAGAUAGACACCCCCCCGUUGAAGACUCGCAUCCGCUACAAGACCAUGGUGCUUGCCUCAACGGAGCUGUGA